ACCGCGAGGAGCUCCUCCGUAUAUACAGCAUAUACGUUUUAAGCGCGCUAGACAUUAUAGCACACUGCCGACGCCGGUUCCACGUCCUCAAGCCCGUAUACGCUAAUCAGACAUUGCUCUUCGUGGUGAUUUCGUGACUUUUGUUUUGUUGAGCGGCACUUGGGAAGAGUGAGAGUGUACUGUGCAGCGAGCCGAUAGGUUUUCUUCGAAUGUCUUUUGUUUUCGAUACGUGUGCCGCGAGACUUGUCGAGCGUGUGCCGUCCGACAAGUGCAGAAACAAUCGAGGCCUCGAGCGCACUCUCUAGACACACAAGGUGGUCGUUGGAAAGUGAGAAAAGUGGGAAGUACAUGCGGCCGCGCUCUCCCGUACCGCGGAAGAGGAGGAGAAGCGCGUGCGCAGAGAGCAUAGUGCACGUGGUUUUGCAGCGGCUAGAGCAGCAGCUCUGGAAAAUGACGGGGCGACUUGUGCGCUGAUAGCCGGACAAAUAGGACAAUUGACUUGAGACAGAGAAAGAGAGUAUGUAGCAAAAGUAUCCGGCAAUUGCCAAGACGCGAUCCGCAAUUAGACGUUUGCAGUGGCUCUUUGUUAGUGUGUACGUGCUGUAUUGUGUGUCUCGGUUUAAUCGCUCGUAAUUAGCCCUCUCCGCGAAGUUAUUAAGGAGGCGGCGGCGGAAUCGGCUGAUGUCAUCCGAUUAGGCCAACCGACAGAAAAAAAGCUGAAAAGUCGAGUAGCCUGGGGAGCGAUUAUUUGUCGAGGAGCAGUCGUCGAUUUACUACGCCAUAACGACGUCGUCCGCGGUACGUCACUCGCGGGUCGUUUCAGAUCUGCUCCGGCGCGGAGAGGAGAAAAAAACAAGUGGGCAAAGGUCAAUGGAGACAAAUGCAACGAUAGCGAUCGCGAUUUCCUCUCUGUCGGCUGAGCAGCCAUGUGACUACUCUGCCGCCGAGGUAAACAGGAGCACGUGCUGGCGGCGUGCAGCUCUCACGGGGUGGGGCGCGACGCCGCGGCGCUAUACGCAGCAGCGAGGAGGGAUGCCAAGAGACUGCGAUUCGUCGGGAUGCGAGGCUGACAUGGCGGAGGGCUCAGCAGAGGAGGAACAGAGCAGUACCGCUGCACCCGCAUCGCCUCCGGCAGAUCUGCGUAUCCUCAACACUCAACUAUCAACGAGCUACCAACAGCAACAGCAGCUGCAGCAACAACAGCAACAGCAGCAGCAACUGCAGCAGCAACUGCAGCACCAGCAUCAGUCGCAGCAGCAGCAAUCGUCUCGGCCACCAUCGUCGCAGCAGCAGCUUCUCCAGCUGCAGCAACGCCAGCAACAUCCAAGCAUGCUGGCGACGGCGGUGCCGCCGAGGCACAGCCUGCUGCCACACCACCUUAAGGCCGAGAUUAAGUCCGAGGCCGAGAUGGACAGCUCCUGCGACGUUCCUUUAAACUUGAAGAGCGAGGUAAGCAACGAAAUGGAUUACAGCACCCCACUAUUCACCCUGUCGGACAUAGCAGCGGUGAGUUAUUCAAACGGACCGCAGUCGUCAGAUUCUUUGCUAAAUGGGAAAGACUCACUGGACAGCGACAGGAGUAGUACAGAUAGUCCAGAGCCGGGCUCGGGCUCGCUGUCUCACGAGCACCAAUUGCUCAUGGAAGGUUUGAGGAAUUCGCGCAAAAGGCGGCGCAGUCCUUCGCCCAAAAACAUCGAUCACGCGAAGCGAGCUGCUGUUGCGCAAGCCCACCUGAACGGCACAAUGGCGGGAAUGGUGACGCUGCAAAACCUGCAGAAUCUGGCGAUGGCGCAGAAUCUGCCGCAGGUGGCAUCGUUCGCGGCUGGUCUGCAAGGCAUGUCCUCGGAGCUGACUAAUAAUCAGCUCAUCAAUGCACCCCUCAAUCUCACGGUUACCCCGCCGGCUGGCACGGCUCCGACGACGCCUUCCUGCACGACAGCUCCGAUGGCAACUCUUACUCAGCUGCUCGCGCAACCACAGCCUGUAGCAAUGCCGCAGUUUAUCAUGACUUCGGGUCAGCUCGUCCAAGGUAUCCAGGGUGCUCAACUACUCAUACCCACCUCGCAAGGAAUUGCAACGCAAACGAUCUUGACCAUUCCGGUGAGCCACGUGAGCACGAGCAACCAAAUAGUUAACCUAGCACUGAGCAACGGUCAGGUGGUGUCGACGACUCUCGCUAAUCUGCAGUCGAUCGCCCAGCCUCAAGGCAUGAUGAAUACUCCUACGAACAACGUGCCAACGAGUCCGAGCUUAGGGCCGAGCUUAGGCAUAAACCCGGCGGCGCUACCGCACUUGCUCAGCAACAACACAGCCAGUCAGCAGCUACUCAGCGCGAUGCAGCCUCAGCAACUGCUUCAAGCUGCACAAGCUCAGGCUCAGGCCGUUGCCCAGCAGCAAGCAGUUAGCCAACAGCAGCAGCAACAGCAGCAGCCUUUACUCGCUGCAUCACCACCACAACAUUCGCAUCGACACCAGUCACACAUCAAUCAUUACGCGCAGCAGCAAAGUGAGAAACAUCACAGGGACCGAGUAGAACAGUCGUCGCCACUGAACGGUUCAGCAGUGUCGGCAGCUACGGCACUCAAUCGACUCGCCGCGAGCAAUGGCGAGAUCACCAUCACUACCAGCCACGGGCCUCAAGGCGCCAACGUCAAGGCGUCGCCGAGCAGCGUUCACAGCGUCAAAGAUGACGAUGAUGAUCUUCUCAACGAUUCCUCCAACCAGCCAACGAUUAACGAAGCCACAAACAAUGUCGUCGACGGUAUAAAUUUAGACGAGAUCAAGGAGUUCGCCAAAGCGUUUAAACUGCGCCGGCUGUCGCUGGGGCUAACGCAGACGCAAGUUGGUCAGGCCCUGAGCGUGACCGAGGGUCCGGCCUAUAGCCAAAGUGCCAUAUGCAGGUUCGAGAAGCUGGACAUAACGCCGAAGAGCGCGGUGAAAAUCAAGCCGGUCCUAGAGACGUGGAUGAAGGAGGCUGAGGAUAGUGCGUAUGAUUACAGGUAUAAGAGCGGUGCCAACCACCUGACGGAUUUCAUCGGCGUGGAGCCUAGCAAAAAGCGGAAGCGGCGAACCUCAUUCACACCCCAGGCUCUCGAGCUGCUUAACGCGCAUUUCGACAGAAACACGCAUCCUUCCGGUAAUGAGAUUACAGCACUCGCGCAGCAACUUGGUUAUGAUCGUGAGGUAAUCAGGAUCUGGUUCUGCAACAAGAGACAAGCUCUCAAGAAUACCGUGAGGAUGAUGUCGAAGAACAUGUCCUCCUAAGACUCGCGAAGCCACGUGGACUCGACUAAUGUUCCGUGCCCGAGCGAUUGGCUUCAGCAAAGCCACCUACAAUGCAUUUUCAGAGAGUUUUAGAGAAUGACAUAUUAUCGAGAAAAAGCGCGAUUGCCACAUCCGAAUAAAAAAAAGCGAAACACUGUGAGAAUAAUAUAGCUUUAAACUUUCGUUGUGUUCCGUGUAACGGACCAAGCGAGUUAGGUAUGAUUAUUAGGAAUGAAAAAAGAAAAGAAGGAACAAGGCGAAUAGAUACUCGAAAGAAAGUCGUCGAAGGCGUUUCUUCUUUUUCAGUGAUUUUCACGUCGAUGUAUUUCUAGCGAGAAAUUUUUUUUCUUAGAAUAAUCUUUUAUUACACGAUGAUGUUCCGUUAUUUUAUAUAACAACAAUAUGUAGUGCUAUUUUACUAUUAUUACAAUUUAUAGAACGGUAUUCAGUUUACCUUUGCGAUGUAGUUUGUAAAGAACGCUUGUCGACUGCGAGUGCACCAAUAGAUUUGUCGAUAACGUGGAUCGAAAGAACAAAAUGAAUAGUUAUUUUUCAGACGAGAAAUUUCAUAUUAACAAUUGCACUUGAAUUUUUUUUGCGUACUUAAGUGUAAAUUUUAUAUUGGCAAAAACACAAUAUAGGAGACAAAGAUUCUGGAAUUCUUAAUUUGCUUUAUUCAGUAUGUAAUUAUACUUCUGAGCCUGGAUAAAGACGCGAAGAAUGCAAAGAUUGUGAACUUCGACCAUGAUUCAAAGGAAACUCAUUACUUGUAAGAUAUAAAUGCGUAACUACGUUAAAUGGACUCAUGUUCUAUUAUUAUUAUUAUUAUUAUUAUUAUUAUUAUUAUUAUUAUUAUUAUUAUUAUUAUUAUUAUUAAUAUUAUUAUUAUUAUUAUAAUAUUUUGUCGAAGUAUAUAAGUUGUAGAAUGGUUUUUUCGUCCAGCAGCAGCCUCACGUUCGUCCACGGGAGGUCGCUAUUCAUUCGAACAACAUUAUAAUAUAAAAAAAAUAAAAUAAAUAAACGACUGACACAGGUGGUACACAAUCGAGCGAUUUCUCGGAUCCAGGCGGAUACAGGGUAAAGGAGACUGCUCGACUUGCACCACUGAGCAUUGUGAUCGCAAAACGUAUACGCGUGUAUUAUCUGUAAAUAAUUUUUACGCAAUAGGCAAUAAAACGAUAAGUUUACGACGAUGCGUAGUUGGACAUAUUGAUUUUUAUUAUUGCGAUAACACUGUGCGAAUUGGCGAACGAUGAUAUAAAUAAGCAUAAGAAAUCAGAAAAAAUAAACGAAAUACAUUAAUUUGUUGUUACUAUUAUGAUACGGUAUUUAUGAAUAUUAGCACUUGUUAGCUAAACUUACGUAGUCCGGACAAUUUGGUAUUCGUUUAACGUAGCUAACGAACUGCAAGCGUCAAGUUUCCCAAUGUUCUUUUGCUCGUAUCUUCUUACGAUUGUUUUUAUUCUUUUUUUUUUCUUUUUCUUUUGAUUUGUUAUAGUAGCAUCAAUUUUGGACGAAAAGAUAAAAAUAAAGACGCCUCGUUUGAUUCGAACAAGUAAUGAUGGGCUGAGAAAUUGACAGGUACAGAUGAUUGAGCAAAACACAUGAAUAAAAGAAAAAAGCGCUCGAUUUAGCUGGACUCUCUAUAGUGACUACGCACGAAUAUUUCUAUAAAGAAUGUUGACAUUACUAAGCUACAAAGAAAAAAAUCGAUUGCAAUAACCUCGUCUUUGAAAGUAUACUUAUGUAUCAACAGGCUGCUUCAAAUUAAUCCAUAGGAAUAAAUAUCGUUUCUAUUGAGCCAUGUAGAGAAAACGUACAUUGGAAACAAAAUAAUCUAAAUAUUUAACACGUAUAAAAUUAUUUACAAAAAAAUGUUAUUCACGAUGUUUAUCCCUAAGGAAAAUAUAUAGAAAUUUAAACAUCUUAAAAAGAUGAAUUUGAAAUUAUUUCGUUCAAUGCUAGUCAUAAUAUCUUUUAUCUAACGCUAAUAUUUUACUCAGCUUCUAUUCAGUCGCAUCAGAUUAUUUUAAUGCAAAACACAAAUCUUACUAUCGUCCAAGCUUUUUGUCUCGCUCAUUAUGAUUUGUAAUAGCACUUGAAAAUAAUUACAGAAGAAAGUACUAGAUGAGUGACAAAGAAAGCUACUUUUAAAAUAUUACUUUUUUUGGUUAGAUAUUGCUAACAAAAAUAAUAUUUUAUAACAAUGAUAAUCACAUUUUUUUUAUUCGAAUACCGAUUCCAGCUACUUAGUAGUCGGCAUUUAUGACACAAUUUUCGAUCAAAUGUUGGAUCUGUUCUAAAGAAAAUGCAAAGUGUAAUAAAUUUACAUGCCUUACUUAUUAAAGUUUUCAAUUAAAGUAAGUUGUUUGUUGACCAACUGAAUGAGCUUCUUGUCGCUAAAAGAACAUAGUUUCAGCCUCCGAGCGUAGCCUGUACAUAGUAAUUUACAAGAAUAUAAAUAAUUACACGAUAAUAGGCACUCAUAAACGAUAAAAUUUACUUCAAAUUAAUUAUCACAGCUAUGAAAUAGCUAGGCAAAAAGGAAAUGAAGAAAGCGCGAAACAAAGAAAAUUUACAUGGUUAAAGGUUGACUAUGAAUGGGCGACGACUAUUUUUAGGAAUAACGUAACUUAUAAGAUAAUGACAAAGAUGAUGAGCAAAGUGGUUUGUUCCUAAAAACUGUAUUAUAAAACGCGAGAGCGCACUCUGUGAGAGGCGAGUCGAACGGAAUAUUCAAAAUUCAAAAUUUAUAUCUCGAUAAAUAAAAAAAAUGUGCGUCAGCGCGACGCCACAGUAUGUUAUGUCCUUUUUGAUAAAAAGUUGAAAAGAUGUAAGCGAGCGGUCGAAAAAAAACGUUUGUACAGAGAUAUUCCGGUUAUUAAAUUUUGUUACGUGGUUGGCAUGAGAUAAAGAGUACGCUAAUGUGAGGGAAAAAAUGAAGAAAAAACGAAUAAAUGAGAAAAAAAUCAUGUAUAUUUUCUUCGUGAAAAUUUCACAUCUAAAUAAAACACGGCAAAAGAAAUGAACUCUUAAUACUUAGGCUACAAAUAAGGGGGAAAAAGUAACGUGAGUUGUAUUCGUGAGUGUCAUAUUUCUAAGGAAAUCGCAGAUCCACGGGCUAAUGUUUCACAGCAGUUUCUGGCAGAAAUGUCAGCGCUCCGCGCAAAAGCAACUCUCAUUCGUGAUGAAUAUCCAAGCGCCGAUGCGAUCGAUGCAUCGCUUUUUUCGAUUGCCAUUCACCUGUAUAAAAAUCACUGUAGUACAAAGCCAUCCUCGCGUUGAAUAUAAAAAAAAUUGUCAAAUGGGCAGCAAACUGAAACGAACUUUCGGCAAUACCGGGAGGAAACUGCUCUCGAAACAUUACCCGGUGAAACCAAAGUUCCUACUACAUUUUAUAAAGUUACUCGACUGUAAAACUGGGAUUGUAAAUAAAAAAUAUAAGAGACGCAAGUAUUACAAUAAUAGUAUUUACAGAAUACAAUCAGCAAUUUCAAGACUAUUAAACAAGGCAACAAAAAAACAAAAAAAAAUGUUAUUUCACGGAACGUCAAUCGAUGAAAAAUUAGUAACAACGCUCAAACUAAGAGAGACAACAUGCACAUGUUCAUCGAAUAAGUUCAGAAGAAAAGUGAUAACUGGCGUGAGUUGAUGUUAUAUGCACGCGAAUCGUAUUGUGCGUUUGAGUUGUUCUUCAUUCGCGAGAUGUAUUCACAUGGUAACAAGUGCAUAUACAAGCGUAUCGCAACCCUACACCCAAACAAUAGCGAGAAAAUAUAAAAGUAAAAAUAUAUUAACAAAUAAUGAACAAUGAAGCAGAUAGUCGAUUGGCCGCGAAACUACAGUUUAACGUACAUACACACACACAGUCGGAAAAUUAAGCACAUGAGUAUACAACUAGAGACUAAGCGAGACAGUAGCUUUAGAUUAAAUGUUAGCGGUUAGGUACGAUGUAACAUUACAACUACGUAUUUAAAAAUAAAACGAUAAAAAAUACAAAAACAAUAUGAAGAAAGGAACUUUAGACUAUAAGCGAAUACCUGUGUAAAAUCUAGUAGGUGUCCACAAGAAUUA